AUGGCGCAGACCAAGAACGAGCAGCAGAAGAAGGCGUACGAGGUCACGCUGCAGCGCCUCGACCGCAUCCGCAACCACCUCGACUCGCGCCCGCGCUCGGGCCGUCUGGCUGGCAAGGUGGCCAUCGUCACCGGCUGCGGCAGUCUUGCGGGCAUCGGCCGUGCCACGGCGCUCCAAUUUGCCCAUGAAGGUGUGAAGCACAUUUACGUGUGUGACAUCAACGACGACAACCUGCCUGCGCUCAAGGAGACCAUCUCGCAGCGCUACCCGGACGUGCAGUGCACCGCCAUCGUCUCGGAUGCAGCAGACGAGGCAUCGGUCAAGUCGAUCAUCGACCAGUCGCUCGCGGACAAUGGCCGUCUGGACAUCUUCUUUGCCAACGCGGCGAUUGCGACGGGUGCGCCCAUCUCCGCCACGGAUGUCGAGGAUCUGGAGCGCACGCACCACAUCAACGUCACGUCGUGCUUCCUCGCAUGCAAGUACGCGUCGGAAGCCAUGGCCGUCACCUCCCCCUCCAAGCCCGAAUCGUCCGGCAGCAUCAUCAUGACCGCCUCGGUGGCGGGCAUUCGCAGCGGUGCCGGCAGCGUCGACUACUCGGCAAGCAAGGCAGCCGUUAUCAGCCUCGCCCAGACCACGGCCUGGCAGCUGCAGCGCACCAACAUCCGAUGCAACGCCGUCUGCCCCGGCCUCAUCGAGACCGGCAUGACACUGCCGACGUUUGAGAUGGCUCGCGAGCGCGGCACGGCGGGCAAGAUCGGUCAGCUCAACCCCACGGCGCGCUACGGCGUGGCUGCCGAGAUCGCGCAUGCAGUCACCUUCCUCGCCUCGGACGAGGCGUCGUACGUCAACGGCGUCGCACUGCCCGUCGACGGAGGUCUUGCUGCCAGCUUGCCCGUCGUCCCCGGCAAGUUCCACUGA